AUGUCGCAGCCGCCCUGGAACCAGCCCACGGGCCCGACUCACCAACCGCAAUUGAAAAUCUACAACUCGUUGACCCGAUCAAAAGUUCCCUUUGUCCCUCUUCAGCCUGAGCACAUCACCUGGUAUGCCUGCGGUCCUACCGUUUACGAUGACUCCCAUCUGGGCCAUGCCCGUAACUAUGUCACCACCGAUAUCAUUAGACGCAUCUUGCGAGACUAUUUCCAUUUCAAAGUUCGAUUUGUUAUGAACAUCACAGACGUCGACGACAAGAUCAUAUUAAGAGGGAGACAGAAACACCUCUACGACGCAUACAAGAAAAACCAUAGGUAUGACGAAGACUCAAACAGAGACGAGACUGGCUCUGAUCAAGAGACUAGAUACAUCGACGAUAAAGUUCGGCAGGAUGUGCGACAGGCGUGGCAUUACUACGUGCAGAAGAACCUGAAACGGAUCGGUCCCAAAACCCUUCUCACACCCGAGACCUUUGAUGGCGUCGUUGAGCACUUUUAUGGAGACAUACUCGCUGGAGGCAGUUUGGAGCCUGGCACGAAACCGGGAGACAAGGAGGCCAAAGUCAAGAUGCAUAUCAAUACAGCCCGAUCCACCGCCAAAGCCUUGCUGUCGGACCCGAAGAUGCUGACGCCACACGAAUUCUACGCCCGAGUCAAUGACCCGAUGUGCCUGGUACUAGAUGACCAAUUCGGGAAGAGCAUACGAGGAGAUGAUUACGCCGUGUUUACGAAAUUGACCAAGGAAUAUGAGAAUCGUUUUUUCCAGGACAUGCAUGACCUGAAUGUCUUGGACCCCGACGAUCUAGUGCGAGUGACAGAGCAUGGCAAAGAAAUUGCCGACUUCGUCAAGAAGAUUGCGGACAACAAAAUGGCAUACCGAACAACGGACGGCUCUGUUUAUUUUGACAUCAAGGCUUUCGAGUCUGCGGGAUAUCCCUACGCAAGGCUCGAGCCUUGGAACAGGAACGACAAAGAGCUACAGGCUGACGGUGAAGGCGCCCUGUCACAAAAAGACGGCACGUCGAAACGGUCUGAGGCGGACUUUGCCCUUUGGAAAGCCUCGAAACCUGGAGAGCCGAGUUGGGAGAGCGAAUGGGGUCCUGGUCGACCUGGAUGGCACAUUGAAUGCUCAGCGAUGGCUUCUGGGAAAUUGGGCCAGCAAAUGGAUAUCCAUUCUGGAGGUAUUGACCUGGCAUUCCCUCACCACGAUAAUGAACUCGCCCAGAGUGAAGCAUUCUGGUCCGAUGGAAGUCAUCGGCAAUGGGUCAACUAUUUCCUGCACAUGGGCCACCUGUCAAUACAGGGCUCCAAGAUGUCCAAGUCGCUCAAGAAUUUUACCACCAUUCGGGAAGCCCUUCACGUGCGCAAAGAAUGGACCCCCAGAAGUUUGCGUAUCAUCUUCUUGCUCGGGAACUGGAAAGACGGGAUAGAGAUCACCGAUGACAUGGUUGUGGAAGGUCGUAAUUGGGAAGAUCGAGUUGACAAUUUCUUUCUGAAUGCCAUCGAAAAUAUCAAGAAUGCUAAGGCCAGCAAUGACUACAAGGGCAUCAUGACAAUUCCACUACUUGACGCAGAAGAGAAAGUUCGCGCCGCACUACUCGACUCCUUCAAUACCCCCUUGGCGAUGAGCACGAUUUCUACCCUGAUCAAUGCCUACAAUAGCGCCAAAAAGUCGGACCUGACGGCGGAAGACCACCGAAAUACAGGCCUUUUCGUCACGAAAAUGGUCAACAUAUUUGGUCUGAACGGCAACGAGCCUGCGGAGACGGAGACGAUUGGCUGGAGAGGCAUUGACAUUCCCGACGUCGCCAAGGAGUAUGUCUACCCACUGGCCAAGAUGAGAGAUGAACUACGACAAGCCGCCAUAGCCAAGGCCAUCACGGCAGAAAAGGUGCAAGAGAUUGUUUCAACGUCGCCCGGACUUGAAGAGCCACCUCCUAGCGGGAGACCGCGGCCGUCGUACGCGCGGGCGUUAAGCGAGUUUAGCAGAAGCGCGCUUGAAGUGGCAUCGCCUGCUGAAAGUAAGGAUUUGAACAAACAGAUUCUGGCUUUGUGUGAUCGCGUCCGAGACGUCGAUCUCUGGCAACUCGACAUUUACCUCGAAGACCGCGAGAAUGCACCCUCACUGGUCCGACCAGUCACCGAGGGAUUAAAGGCCGCGCGACGGGAGCGGGAAGAAAAAGCCCGAGCCAAAGAAGAGGCCAAGAAGAAACGGGAACAAGAGGCUUUGGAGAAAUUGCAGAAAGGAAAACUCGCGCCGUCAGAGAUGUUCAAGCCGCCACAUUCGGAAGAAUUUUCGGCUUGGGACCCUGAUGGCGUGCCGACCGCGGCCAAGGAUGGAAGUGCUCUAUCUGCCAGCCGAGUCAAGAGGUUGAAGAAGGAAUGGGACGCUCAGAGAAAGGCGCACGAAAAGUAUUUGGCCGUCACGCAGCAGCAGCAGGCGCCGCCUCAGCAGAAUGGGUUGGCGGCCGGCGGUCAGCAGUCGUAG